AUGUACAAAUGGCUAACCUCUACAAAGUUUCCAGGUGAUUUGGGUUUCCCCAGCAAGGUCUUUUGGUGUUCGGAGAUCCCACUCAAGGUGUGUACUUCUCUAUGGCUUGCUUACUACAGGCGCAUUCUAACUCAGCAUAGUUUGCAACAUCGUGGUGGCUGCUCGCUAAUAGAUGCAUCCUUUGCAUCAAAGCCGAGGAGUCUGCUGAUCAUCUUCUACUCCACUGUGAUUAAGCCAAAAGAGCAAGGAAUUCUCUGUUACUUAUGA